AUGUCUGAAAUAAGGCAUCGAGCUCCGACAGACCCAUCCGGGUCUUCCGUCCUGACCGAGCAAACCCCGUUGGCGGAGAGCGAGAAGGAUGCCGGGUUGAAACAUGGGCUUUUCAUGCAAAUUCUCCGAUCUCUACUGCUAGCCACAUGGUUCAACGGUUGCUGUGUGUGUAUAGUCGCGACGCAACUCAUUGGAUCGCCGUUAUAUUUCAUCAAUAAAAACUACUACUACGCAUACAUGGCUAUGACGAAGCAGUGUUUUGGCAUACUGGUGAUCACUAUCACCCAGUGGGGAUCCCCAACAUUGGUUCGUGUCAGCGGUGAUGCUUCGGUAAAAGGGCAGAUGCAUAUAACGUCCGAUGGCCGGCUCAGGACCAAUUUUCAUGACCGUCUCGUAUUCAUCGCGAAUCAUCAGGUAUACACAGAUUGGCUGUAUCUGUGGUGGGUGAGCUAUACGUCCCGUAUGCACGGUCAUAUCUUCAUCAUUUUGAAAGAGUCGCUCAAAUACAUUCCGUUGCUUGGUCAGGGGAUGAUGUUCUACGGCUUCAUUUUUAUGGCCCGUAAGUGGGAGGCGGAUAAACCUCGCUUGCAGCAUCGCCUUGAGAAGUUGAAAGCACAACACUCUGGUCCAAUGUCUGGGUCUCAGGGAUUAGAUCCGAUGUGGCUUUUGAUUUUCCCCGAGGGAACCAACCUGUCGAUCAACACAAAGAACAUUAGCAACAAAUACGGCGAAAAAGCAGGCAUCGCUCCUCUCAAGCAUAUGAUUCUUCCCAGGUCAACCGGCCUAUUUUUCUGCUUGCAACAAUUAAGAGGCACCGUAGACUGGCUAUACGACUGUACCAUAGGUUAUGAAGGACCACCUAAAGGCAUAUACCCUGAUCGCUAUUUUACCCUACGGUCCACAUACGGCCAGGGCCGUCCGCCAAAGUCCGUGAAUAUGUACUGGAGACGCUGGGCGGUGGCAGAUAUUCCUUUAGAUGAUCAAAAAGAAUUUGAAGAGUGGCUAUUGGAGCGCUGGAGAGAAAAAGAUGUUCUACUAGAGCAGUUCUUUGAGACGGGCCGAUUUCCUACCUCCUUAGGUUCUUCUAUUGAUACCCAUGACAUCCCCGCUAAACAGAAGGCCGAGGCAUCUCGUGGAUACAUCGAGACAGAGAUAACCUUGGCGCGCUGGAUUGAGAUAGCGGAGAUAUUCGCGGUUCUAUUCCAGUCCUGCGAUCAUCUUGAUACUCACAUUACCCACGCUAUGGCGCAUUUCGAGAAUGGUCAUGCAAAUGGCUUUGGGGACAUGGCCUUGAAUUCAGAGACAUUGCCUUCAGCCACCCGGUUCUCCGACAUUCCUUCCGCCAUCGAUAUCCCUGCAUCAACAUUCGACAGCGAAGUCGAAGUCAGUCUCGAGGAACUCCCAGACGAUCCAACGGAACUUUGCACGCUAUUAGAGAACGAGAAAGCCGCGAAGAACUUCUGGGUGAUUAUUUCGCUGGCAUACGCCAAACAGAAACAGCUUGAUCAUGCGGUUGAAAUUUUGCAGAAAGGUUUAGCAUCUGUUGCUCAUGGGGCGACAAAGGAGAAGCUAGGGCUUUUGAAUUGGCUAUGUUGGUUAUUAAUGCUAAAGAGCCGUCAAUCGCCUCGUGUCGCUCCCGAUGGAAACUCAUCGGAUGUGAAAACCAAAGAUUACUAUCUCCAGCUAGCGACCUCGACUCUAAACGAAGCGUCUCGCCUUAAUCCUGCUUACACGCCACUUUUCCUCGCUCGCGGAGUCUUGUGCCUUCUACGAGCAUCUUUGUAUCCUCCGAGACCUGUUAGAACCGGUAUUCCCGACAACUCUGAAAGGGUCGAAACAUUGCGCCAGGCCUUGAAAUGUUUCGAGGAAGCAUCCAAGGCUUCAGGGGGCAGGAAUGUGAUGGCUCACUUGGGACUGGCCAGGGCUCAGUAUGCUCUGGGAAACUACCCUGAUGCGCUGUUGACCUACCAAACUGUUCUCACAAGGAUGCCGGGACUCACGGAUCCUGACCCGCGGAUUGGUAUCGGAUGUUGUUUGUGGCAGUUGGGCUUCAAAGAACGGGCAAGAGACGCAUGGGAACGGGCACUAUCCCUAAACCCGACAUCAAAAGUGGCAAAUAUGUUAGUUGGAACCUACUAUCUAUAUGGCAGCUCUCAACGCCCUACAAACGACCCGCAGUUCGGAGAACUGUACAGAAUCUCCAUGACACAUACACAAAGCGCUAUAAAGUUAGACAGGGACUAUCCAAUGGCAUGUGCAAGGUUCGCAGGCUACAAAUUGACUCGCAAAGAUUACAAGACUGUGGAAGCUUUAGCUCGCAAAGCUAUUGAACAGACCGAUGUUGUUUCCAUUGCUAGUGAGGGUUGGUAUCUUUUGGGACGCAAGGCACACUACGAAGGUGAUGCGUCUAAAGCUUCCGAAUAUUUCAACCGGUCCGAUCAAGCCCGUGGUGGUGGUGAGAGCGGAUUCUUACCAGCUAAAUUUGGCGUUGUUCAGAUGCAAGUCAAGUCUAAGGAUUUGGAUGGAGCAAAGUUCCGACUGGAAAAGAUUAUACAACAGACGAAAAGCCCAGAAUGUAUGGCACUUCUAGGGGCUUUGCUAGCGGAAGAAGUAUUUUCUGCGCAGGCUAGCGGUAGCAAGGAUGAUAAAUCAGCCGAUGCCGCGAAGGCUAUCUCUAUCCUUGAGGCCGUCCGAAGCCUCUGGAAAGAUCCAACGAAAAACAUCUCACCCGACGAGUCUGUGUUGAUUUAUCUUUCUCGCCUCUAUGAGAGUUCCUCUCCAGACAAGAGCAUGCAAUGUCUUUCGCAGCUUGAAGAUAUUCAGAUGGAGCAGAUUCCCGAUCAGGAUAGGCCCGAGGAGAAUCUCCAGAACGGGGAGUUGAAGGCUGCACUCAGGGAGUAUUUGCCGCCCCAAUUAUUGAAUAACAUUGGCUGUUUCCUCUAUCAGUCAGGCAAAGUGGCAGAAGCUAGGGAUCUUUUCCAAUCUGCGUUGAACGCUUGUGUAAAAUCCGAAGAGCUGGAAGGUGAAAAGGCCACUGAUGCACUUAUCACGACUGUCCGAUAUAAUUUCGCUCGUUGUCUUGAAGCCCUCGAUAUUCCAGACGAAGCUAAAAAGGUCUAUGAAAGCCUUCUCGAAAGGCACAGUGAUUACACGGAAGCUAGUGCAAGGAUGACUUAUAUCUCACUACGUCAGAGCCCGACAGACGAAGGCCCGAAGAAAAUGGCCAAACUUUAUGAAAGCGAUUCGACGAAUCUUGAAGUACGGGCUCUUUUCGGGUGGUAUCUCAGCAAAUCUAAAAAGAGAGUGGCCAAUCUGGCCGAGGAUCACGAACAACGGCACUACAAGCACACGCUGCAGCACUUUGACAAGCAUGAUAGAUAUGCUUUGACUGGAAUGGGUAAUGUGCAUCUUUUGACAGCACGAGACAUGCGACGUGAGACAGACCAAGAUAAAGAGAAAAGACGGAAGAUGUACGAACGUGCUGUGGAGUUCUUUGAUAAGGCGCUGCAAUUAGAUCCCAAGAACGCUUAUGCGGCACAGGGUAUUGCAAUUGCGCUCGUGGAUGACCGUAAAGACUACACCGGUGCCGUUCAAAUCUUUUCGAAGAUUCGAGGUGCCAUAAAAGAUGCCAGUGUAUACAUCAACUUAGGCCAUGCCUACGCAGAAUUGAAGCAAUUCUCUCGGUCGAUUGAGUGUUACGAAACGGCACUAUCCAAGGAUAGGGCUCGCGAUGCACAGAUCCUGGUAUGUCUUGGACGCGUUUGGUGGUUGAAAGGGAAACACGAGAAGAACCUGGUAGCUAUGAAAACUGCCCUGGACUAUGCGAACCGUGCGUUGGCAGUUGCACCAGAACAGGUGCAUCUGGAAUUCAAUGUUGCAUUUGUCCAGAAUCAGAUUGCGCUCCUGGUGAACAGUCUACCAGAAAUGCAGAGGACAUUGCAGGACCUGCAAGAGGCCGCCGAGGGCCUUGAAAAGGCAAUUGAGACAUUCACGCGCAUUGCGCAAGUCAAGAAUCCACCCUACCCUCGAGAGUCCCUAGAGCAGCGAGCAAACAUGGGUCGAAAUACGAUCAGCAAGCAGCUCGAGCGUUCGCUCCAGAACCAGAAGGAGUAUGAGGACAAAAACGCACUCAAAUUGCAACAAGCCCGUGCAGCUCGUGACGCAGAAUUGAAACGCCGCGAAGAAGAAGUGCGUAAAGCGCAGGAACUGGAGAUGGAAAGGAAGCGUCAACUAGCAGAACAACGACAACGUAUCGUCGAGGAGACGCAGCGCUUGGCAGCACAGAGGGCGGAAGAACAGCGAGCUCGAGAGGCAGCUGAGUUGACGACGGACUCUGAAACUGGCGAGCGUCAGAAACGCAAGAAGAAGUCAUCAUCCAAGCGCAAGAAGCAUCGUGAUGAUGACGAUGGCGUUGUCUCAGAUGGACGAAGCAUUAGCGUGGCUCGGUCUGAUGACGAAGGAGAAACGCCAGCGCCCAAGAGACGGAGACGAUUGGAACGUCGUGGAGGCGCCAAAGAGAAACCGGGCAAGUAUAAGAGCACUGAAUAUGUGGAUUCUGAUGAAGAACUGGACGACGGUGCUGCCGUUGCCAAUCCGGCUGUGACUAGUGUUGAAGACGAUGCCGCAGCCGGAGAUGAUGACCUGUUCGGUGACGACAAUGACAUUGUCGAAGAAGAUAAAGAAGAAGAAGAGGAAGAAGCAACAGUAAGGGAGAAAGGAGGACGCAGUCGAGGCGGGAAACGGAUAGUCGAUGACAGUGAUGACGAGGACGAGCCAGCUGUCACCAAAUCUGGGGAGGAUGAGGAGAUGCAGGAUGUUGAUGAUGAAUAG